AUGCAAACGAUGAUCGCAUUGGAAGUCGCGCAAAAGCAAGAGCAAAAGCAGUCGGCUACCUACAAGUGGCCCUUCAUCUUCCACACCUCGACUGCCUUUCUGCCUUUCUCACAUCAUCAAGUCAAGUCCCCAUCCACUCCAGUUCGCAUCCACCUUCAACUUGGCAACAUGUCAGCAGAGAAAGCGCCCACCAUCUCGGUCGAUGCGGUACCGGAGGCUUCACCGUCUCCGGAGCUCUCGCCGUGUGCUUUCGGCGUCGACUUCACGCCUCUGCCGGCGUACAAGGCAGCAGGAACAACCGAAACCGACCUCGCAGGCCUCCUCGUCAAACCGCUUCGGCUGCACGAAGACCUGAGCCCAGGAUGUGGCGGCCAGCUUUGGCCCGCGGGAAUGAUGCUGGCACAACACAUGCUGCGUCACCACCGAGAAGACCUGCGCGAGUCACGGAUGACGGGACUUGCACUGACAAUGGCUGGCGGUGCUAGUCUCGAAAUCGGCGCCGGCGGAGGUCUGGUGGGUUUGGCCGUGGCAACCGGCUGCGCCAUUGGGAACCCCCUCUUCAUCACGGAUCAGGAAGAUAUGUAUCCGUUGAUACAGCAGAACAUCGGCCUGAACGAUCUGGGCGGCAAGGUCAAGCCUGCAGUGCUGAACUGGGGCGAACCAUUGGCGCCAGACAUUGUGGCUUUCAAGCCUGACGUUGUCCUUGCGGCCGAUUGCGUCUACUUUGAGCCCGCGUUCCCCUUGCUGCUGACCACGUUGACGUACCUCCUGACGCUGUGUCCGUCGGCCACAAUCUACUUCAGUUUCAAGAAGAGGAGACGGGCCGACAUGCAGUUCUUCAAGAAGGCGCGCAAAGCCUUUAACAUAACGGAGGCUGAGGACGAGAACCGAACGAUAUUCAAUCGCCAGGGCUUGUUCCUUUACACCAUCACGAACAAGGCCAAUUCGAAUACGAAGCGCCAGUGA